GAAAUUUAAAAGUGUCCAUUGCUUAUAUUUUUGAUUUAUUCUAAUUCAUAGUUCCGGCAUAUCAUUGCAUAAGUGUGUGCCAGUUUAAGCAGCAUAUUUAUUUAGUUCUGAGUUUAUAAAAUCAAAUAGAAAUACAAUUUUUUUAAAUAAUAAAAUAUGCUUUGAUAGGGAUUAAACUUCUUUGCAAUGUUAACAAAGUCACAUAUUUAGUUGAACGGCGCAUUAAAAAACUUUGAAAACAGUCCUGAAUACGCGUAUCAAAAUGGCCAAAUUCAAGAAACAUUAGGCACAAAGGAAAGAAAGAAACCAGUCUGAGAAAAUGAGUUCCCCGAAAAUAAAAGUAGCAGCUAGUCUCAAAUCGCCACUUUGGCCGACUCUGGGCACUCUGUUAAAUCUGGAAGCGGCAUUUUCUGGCAUCAAAACAAAUAAAAUAUUUUUUAACAUUCAAAACAUAAAAUAAACAUUCGAAAUGGAGGACAUUAAUUUCAACGAUUUCACGCCAAAGGAGCGCUACGAGAUCAUCAAAGAGUUUCUGGUGAAGAUGCAAAAUGCCAAAUCCAUGCCGAGCAAGGACAUGCAUGUUCAAAGAUUCUUCGAACAUUAUUUGCGAAAGUUCUACAAAAUGCCGGAAAAAUUGGUCAACGAUAUUGCCUACUGCCAACGGGCAAUCAAAACUCAUCUGGAGAUCCACCAGACAAUAGUCAGUGUUUUCGCGCAACAGGCGGAUGCUGAUCCCAUUAUCAAGGACAAGUACAUCAACGAACUGGAGGAGAUGCUCCACGAACUAAACGCUGAAUGCAACUACUUGGUGCUCCGCCUUCAGGACGACAUAGAUCGUUUCUGCUCAGCUUUCACGGAGCAGGAUAUAAAGCCGAACAAAAUGGUUAUCAAAGACAUUGUCAGUGCAGCUAUAAUUCCACUCAUCGUUAACCCGAAUAUAGCCCUCAAGCCGUGUUUCGUAAUGGAGCGACCCAACGAGGCUCAGUUGAUCAGAAAGUAUUUCAUAAUAGAAGGAAUAGAGCCCACUGUUGAGAUUCCGCCCAUUGUGGAAUCACCAGACCCACUUUCACUUUCACACACCAACCUGGAUGUGAGAAAAAGCCGUCUAAAUCUACAGGCAGCUCUGAGUCGCGCUCGUGCCAAUUGUAAGGAGAGAAGCAAAGAAUACGACCAUGCAGAAUUCACCAAGGAUUCCAUUUUGCAUGCCGUGGGUCUCUGCUCGCACGCAGAGUAUAAACGGCUCAAGUUAUCAAUGGUUUUGCUCCAGAAGCGUAAGCCUAAGCCAACUGAGAAAACUAAAUAAUUUCCGCCCCUUAUCAAAUGGAAAUUUCUGUUUCUGUUCCGAUUUCCAAAGAUUUUUAUAAGAAAGCUUAUGUUUGUAUAAUUUAUAUAGGUUAAUAGUACGUUGGUAUGUCUAGUAAAAUAAUUAGGGUAAACAUAGAAUUAUAAACAAUUAUUGAAUCUCAUAAUUAUAAAGGUUAAUCACUUCAUUUUCAAAAUAAGUUAUAAAAUAUAGUGAAGAGAUUUUAAAUUCAA